GUACUGAAGACCAAUGUUUAAAAAAAAAACAUGGGAAAGAAGUUGAACACAUGCUUAUGUUUGGAUCUCUGUCUGAUCACCUUGUUCAUCUCAUCUGCAGAUUCUUCAUGCCCCAUUGAUUUCACUUAUGUUCAUACGUUCCCAUGGGACACCUCGUCGUGUCGUGAACCAGUUGAUAAAAGCUGUUGCCAGACCAUCCAGAGCCUGUUAGGCCUCGGCCUUUCGAAGCAUCUUAAAGAUACUUCCAUGUUUUAUCUCCCGAAUUCUGAUGCUGCGUCUUCAUGCUUGUCUGAUUUUCGGGCUAAGCUUGGUUCCAUGAAUAUUUUCCCUGCAUGCACAAACACGACGAGUGAUCUCGUUGUCAAUCCUCAAAAUUGUGCAGGGAUCGCGACGACUAAGGAUUGGGUGGAGAAAGUUGGGAGUUCUAGUGAGCUUGAUUCGUCGUGUAAUUCGGAUCUAACAGGGCUGACAAAAUGCAGCUCGUGUCUUGAUGCUGGCCUAAGGGUGAGCUCUAUGUUGACUUCAUAUAACACGAAUUCGACGAAGUGUUUUUAUUAUACUAUUUUGUAUGCUGCUGGUAUGGUGAAUGAGUAUGGGCCGGAGGAUGUUAGGACUGCUGCUUGUAUAUUUGGCUUGCCUUUAUCAAGAUCCGCUUCUACUAAUAAUUCAGGUCUGUCUAGAAGAAGUAUACUCAAGAUUGUUUUCGGAUCUCUGGGUGCUUUUAUUGGAGUUUUAGCAGCUUGGGGUGUGAUUAUUUUGUAUAGAAAGAGGGAGAUUGAACGCAAACAAGAUGCGUUGCACGAGGAAUAUGUUAGGGGUGUGAAAGCUAAAGUUUUGCCGAAUACAGGUGCAAAAUGGUUUCAUGUAGGGGAGCUUGAGCAAGCCACAGGUGGAUUUUCACAGAGGAAUCUGAUCGGACAGGGCGGAUAUGGGAUUGUUUAUAAAGGGGUUCUUCUGGAUGGGACAGUAGUGGCAGUGAAGCAACUGCUAGAUAUGGACACAAAUGGAGAUGAUGUGGAGUUCACAAAUGAAGCAGAGAUUAUUAGCAAGAUUAGGCAUCGAAAUCUUCUUGCUCUCAGAGGCUUUUGUGUCACAAGUGAUGCUAUUAAAGGUAACAGAAGAUAUCUUGUUUAUGAUUUCAUGUCAAAUGGUAGUUUAGAUGAGCAUUUGUUCAAUUCUGCAUCCAGUUCGAAAAGGCAUCUUUUGAGUUGGCCUAUGCGCAAGAACAUUAUUCUUGAUAUCGCCAAAGGGCUAGCGUAUUUGCACUAUGGUAUCAAGCCUGCAAUUUAUCACCGCGACAUAAAGUCAACUAACAUACUAUUAGAUUCUGAUAUGAAAGCUAGAGUAGCAGAUUUUGGACUGGCGAAACAGAGUACAGAAGGCCAAUCGCAUCUCACAACAAGAGUAGCUGGAACAUACGGAUAUCUGGCACCAGAAUACGCGCUGUAUGGACAACUGACAGAGAAAAGUGAUGUUUAUAGUUUUGGCAUUAUAAUUCUGGAAAUCCUGAGUGGAAGGAAAGUGUUGGACACAUCAAAUUCUUCGACAGUUUUGAUCACUGAUUGGGCCUGGGAUCAUGUCAAGUCUGGAGAUGUUGAGGAGAUUUUCGAUCCCAUUGUGAGGGAGGAUGGACCAAAGGCAGUGAUGGAAAGAUUUGUACAUGUUGGCAUACUUUGUGCUCAUGUAAUGGUGGCUCUGAGGCCAACAAUUUCCGAUGCUUUAAAGAUGUUAGAAGGUGAUAUAGAUAUCCCAAGACUACCCGAAAGGCCAUUGCCUCUAGGCCAUGAAUCGUUUAGAUCUUCACUGCACUCGAACACAUCACCAUUUGCAAUGUCAUCAGGGAUAAGGUCGAGUAUCAGCUAGCAGCACGGUGGACUGGUAUAUUUUAUUAGCUGAGGUCUGUGUAAUCUAGGACAAGAUUUAUUCCAUUGGUUCUAUUUUCUAUUUCUUUUACAUCUUGGAUAUAUGUACUGAUUACUGAAAAAUGAAUACUUGAAAUGGAAAUUUUAAAAUGA